GCAAUCCACUACUAGCAGGAGGCACUUGGCAAUUUGCGCCCUGGAGAACAGCUCGCCAUAGCUCGCGUUGAGAUGAGAGGGUUUACGCUGAAUAAUGUUUGCCAGUGCGGCUUAUUCACCUAUCUUGUUUUCUUUUCCUUCAUAUCUUUUACCGCUGCUGUCAGUUUCGACCUGACUGAGCUUAGGAAUAAAGUUGCAAAAAUUAAAGUGAAUCCAAGGGGCAAUCUCUGGGCUACAGGACAUUUUAUGGGCAAGAAGAGUGUGAUGGACACCCCCGUGCUGCCCUCAGAGGAGGGACAGGGCGUUGAUGCGCUGGAGGUCACGCUGCCUGCGGAGCAAAGCGCUCUCGGCGAGCUUUUCCAAGAGUUCCUGCGGGUGGCGUUGCAAGCGCAGGUGGAUACACAAGAGAGCCGCUCGAAACACCAGGAGGCGGACCUGUUGAUGAAGAUUUUAGAAAGCUACAUUCAAAGCAGAAAGUGACGAACGGCUGGCACGCAUGAUCACAGAUCCGAGGUCACCUGGCCUCGUGGGUUUAAAUAAAUGAACUAGACACAAUCUACAGUCUCCUGCUCAUCAUGAUUGUAAUUUGCUGUAACUGUCACUCUUGACGUACAGUUCAUGUGCCAUUUACAGUGCACGUAAAGUUUUGUUUUUUUUAAUUUGUUUUGAUGAUGACAUUUCACACUGUCCUGUAGUUUAAAGUUAUUUAUAUUAAAUAAUAAUAAAGUAAUUAUUUGCACUG